UGUUGGGCUGGAGAAUUCGCGGCGAUGGCGACGACGGCUCGGUGCUGGAAAGGGACGCAGUGAAGCUGGCCUCGGCUCGGAUAUGACUAAUGCUUAUUUGAUCGAGGUAUUUUUGCUGCUCAGUAAUUGCACGGGCUUCGGAUGAAUCUUUGGCUCCUAACUUCUCAUCACUCCUUUCACUGAUUUCCAUGUCUUACUUGUGAGAGCUUCCAAACAGGAUCAUCAGGACUGUUCAUCGUCUGUUACUGACUGUCCGUGACUGGUCCAGGCCGGAGUUCCUUGUUGGGUGACCCACACUCCUUCACAGGGGCCAUGGAGGAGGAGGGGCAGCAGAGCUUGGAGUGCAUCCAGGCCAAUCAGAUCUUCCCCAAGAAGUCCCCCGUUCUGGAGGAGGAAAACAUGCAGGUGCCCUUUCCUGAGCUGCACGGGGAGUUCACAGAGUAUGUGGGGAGAGCAGAGGAUGCCAUCAUCGCAAUGUCCAACUACCGCCUACACAUCAAGUUCAAAGAGUCCGUUGUCAACGUUCCUCUUCAGCUCAUAGAAAACGUGGAGUGUCGGGAUAUGUUCCAGCUUCAUGUCACCUGUAAAGACUGUAAAGUUGUCAGGUGUCAGUUCUCCACCUUUGAGCAGUGUCAGGAAUGGUUGAAACGCCUGAAUGCAGUACUGCGCCCUCCCUCUCGCCUGGAGGACCUCUUCUCCUUCGCCUUCCAUGCCUGGUGCAUGGAUGUAUACGCUGGAGAGAAGGAGCAGCACGGCGAGCUGUGUAGACCAGGCGAACAUGUGACCUCCUGGUUCAAGAAUGAAGUGGAGAGGAUGGGCUUUGACACUCAAAAUGCCUGGAGGAUAUCUGACAUCAACAGCAAGUUCAGACUUUGCCCCAGCUAUCCUCAGCAGCUCCUGGUGCCAGCCUGGAUCACUGACAAGGAGCUGGAAAAUGUGGCAGCCUUCCGCUCCUGGAAGAGGUUUCCUUCUGUGGUUUAUAGACACCAGACCACAGGAGCUGUUAUUGCCCGCUGCGGGCAGCCAGAGGUCAGCUGGUGGGGCUGGAGGAACGCUGAUGACGAGCACCUGGUGCAGUCCAUUGCCAAGGCCUGUGCUGUGGACAGCAGCUCCCAAAAACACCUUUCCAACGGCAGCUACACCAACGGCACUGACCUGCCUGAUACUGAUUUUGAAUCCUCCAUGACCAACAGCUCAGAGGUGGAGACAUUGGCCAUCCAGCCCCACAAGUUACUGAUCCUGGACGCCAGGUCCUACGCUGCAGCUGUAGCUAACAGGGCCAAGGGGGGAGGCUGUGAAUGCCCAGAGUACUAUCCCAACUGUGAGGUGGUUUUUAUGGGCAUGGCCAACAUCCACUCCAUCCGCAAGAGUUUCCAGUCUCUGCGUUUCCUCUGCACUCAGAUGCCUGAUCCAGCCAACUGGCUUUCUGCACUAGAGAGCACCAAGUGGCUGCAGCACUUGUCCCUGCUGCUGAAGGCGGCGCUCCUGGUGGUCAACGCUGUGGACAGAGACCACAGGCCCGUCCUGGUGCACUGCUCUGACGGCUGGGACCGCACACCUCAGAUUGUUGCUUUGUCCAAACUGUUGCUGGACCCUUACUACCGCACUAUUGAGGGCUUCCAAGUUUUGGUGGAGACCGAUUGGCUGGACUUCGGCCACAAGUUUGCUGACCGCUGCGGCCAUGGAGAAAACUCUGAGGACCUAAAUGAGCGCUGUCCUGUCUUCCUGCAGUGGCUGGACUGUGUUCACCAGCUGCAGAGGCAGUUCCCGUGCUCUUUUGAGUUUAAUGAGGCCUUCCUGGUGAAACUGGUGCAGCACACCUACUCCUGUCUGUUCGGCACCUUCCUGUGUAACAGUGGCAAGGAGAGAGAGGACCGCCACGUUCAGGAGAGGACCUGCUCAGUCUGGUCACUGCUGAGACCGGCCAACCGCACACUGAGGAACAUGCUGUACUCCUCACACUCUGAGACAGUUCUCCAUCCUGUGUGUCAUGUACGCAACCUGAUGCUGUGGACAGCAGUCUACCUGCCCAGCUCCUCCCCCACCACCCCCUCCGAUGACUCCUGCGCCCCCUACCCUGUGCCCGGUGGCAACCCCGAGGACACGCCCCUGGGCAGACGUACGAAGACUCGAUCUUUCGACAACUUGCCCAGUGCAUGUGAACUGGGAAGCUCACUGGCUCCUAACCGCCGCUCCAGUGACCCGAGCCUCAAUGAGAAGUGGCAGGACCACCGGCGCUCUUUGGAGCUCAACAUGGCAGUGGGGCCUGAGGGAGGGGGAGGCCAGGAUCAGGAGGUGCGGCCUAACGGAGUUGGGCCUUACCCAGAUGGAGUGGACUCCGAACUGGAAGACAGCCCGCAGCCCCAGGGCUCACAUGCUGAGCUCAGAAAUGACGCCUCUGCAAGCACAGAAGCAACAGGAGAGGAAGCAGAGAAGGCAGAGCUCUCUGUGGCUGUGGGCGUGGCCGAGGGACAGAUGGAGAACAUCCUUCAGGAAGCCACGAAGGAGGAGGCGGGAGCAGAUGUUCAGAAAGAGGAAAGUGCUGCUGUCACACAUGUCUUUAACACCGCUGACACAGAGAUGGAGAUAGAAUCGAAAGUUGAAGAGGAUGAUCAGUAUGCUAAGGUCAACGGGACUGAGAUUCAGAGAGAAGCAGUUGCUAAUGGUCACCUUACAGAAAAUGGUGUAAUUGAGGCCGAGGAGGACGUUGAGUCUCCAUCUCUGCCCAUACAGAAGGCAGAGGAACUGGAUCAACAGGCAGCUGAGGUGACUCAGACACCAGAGGAUCUGGUGGAGGUAAAGCAGGAUGUAGAGAACUCUUCUGUUCAAGAGGAGCUUGCACAUGAACCCAGUGAGUCCGGCUCAGGUGAGCCAGAGCAGCCUGCAGACCAUAGAACUAUAAUGAAUGGCUUUGUGAACAGGUCGCCUGAAAAGCCAGAUGUGGAUGAGGAGACAUCUCCUGACUCCGAAUCUGACCAUGGUGUCUCAGAGCCAGUGGAGCAGGUGGAUAAGAGGGCCUCCUUGAUGGAAAGCUCCACAGAGACUUUAACUGAGGAGGCCUGCAGCAGGUUGGAGCUACCUGCACAGCUGUCUGUUGGUCCGACUCGUCAGCCGUGCAGUGAUGGCAGGAACCAACCGCCCUGCUCCAGGAAAGAGAAAGGAUCAGAGAUCGGCGAGCACGGCUUUAUCAGAACUUUAAAUGGGGGCAGCAAGCGACCCUCUGUCAGUGCCUUUCAGUCUGUGAGUGCUGACCUCAGUAGGGAUGGGCUUUGUAACGGCGACAGCUCUGAUGCUGAGCCCUGCGGAGGACAUCAUUGGGCCAAAGGGAAUGGGGAGAGGGCUCCUCUGAGUCGGCAGGUGUCCCUGGCAAGCUGCAACUCCCUGAUCCUCCAUCCACGGGGUAGCUGCUCCCAGCACCGCUGGUGCCACGCCCUGCUGAGCCGGGUCGCCAUCAGCCCGGAGCAACCGUCCCGCAGCCAUCUGGAUGAUGACGGGCUGACGCUGCACACGGAUGCCAUCCAGCAGAGGCUUAGGCAAAUUGAGGCAGGUCACCAGAUGGAGGUGGAGACUCUUAAGAAGCAGGUGCAGGAGCUGUGGAGCCGCCUGGAGAAUCAGCAGCACAUCGGCUCCCAUCGGAUCAAUGGAGACAUGGGAGACGAAGUGACCUCAAUGACGGACUCUGAGUACAACCUGGACCCCAACUGUUUGUCGCGCUGCAGCACAGAACUUUUCUCUGAGGCCAGCUGGGAACAGGUUGACAAACAGGACACUGAGGUGACUCGCUGGUACCCAGACCAUUUGGCAGCCCAGUGUUACGGCUGUGAGAGCAGGUUCUGGCUCGCCACCAGGAAGCAUCACUGCAGUGGCAGGGAGCCUGUCCAGGAGGUCUGGAACUGCGGUAACGUGUUCUGUGCCAGCUGUUGCGACCAGAAGAUCCCAGUGCCAAGCCAGCAGCUGUUCGAGCCCAGCCGCGUCUGUAAGACCUGCUACGGCAGCCUCAAGCUCAGCCCGGCUCCCUUGGACCUGGAGCUGGAGAAACCCAUCACGGCCAGCUCCAACUGAGUUUCAGAGGAGCGGGACAGGAUGAGCCGCCAGCCGCCAACGCAGGCGCACUGCUGAAGAAGAGCACAGGAGCUACACAGAAUGUCCCAUGUACUUAAAUGUGUGUGUGUGCUGGUAUAUGGAAUUUAAUGUGUAUAUACAGAGGAUGACGUGGCAGAGGAGCUGAAUGACGUGUUGACAAGAUGCCGAGUGUUCUGAACAGUGGGUGUGCACAGGGGUGGGUUGUGUAUGUGUGUGUGUGAGCAGAAAAAUCACACAAUCGCCACACAGGGUUUGUGAUGGGACCGCAAUCCGACGCCAGAGGAGUGAGAAUGGACAUCCUGGUGCCAUGGACCAGGCAGGCAGAGCAGGUCGUCUCACUGUGUCGCUGAAGUCUCUCGGAGAGCUUUGGUCCAUUGAAUCAUUUCCCCGCUCAUCCACGCUUCUCAUCAGACUUCUACGUACCAUCAUCUCCAAGCUCGGACCGCUUCUUUUCUCUGGAAGGUGUACGAUCAGGUUCAACGUGGAAAUCACAAGACAGUCCCUCAGCUUUAGAAAUGUCUGGAUAGCUGGUGCUCACAAAUGUUGUUCAGGAAUAAUCCUAAAGGGUCACUUCACCCAAAUUAUUAUACCAUAUUUCCUCUCUUACCUCUAGCAGCAUUUUACCAUACAUCUAAAUCUCGCUUCAGUUUCCCAGACUUUGAGAUCUCAUUUCUGAGGUUUCUGCCGCCACACUGAUACAGUGGAGGGGAAUUGAAUUAGGGCUGCAACUAUUAUUUUCAUCAUCAGUAAAUCUGCAACUCAUUUUAUCAGUUAUUCAGAGCUCAACUUUUUCUGUAAAAUGACAGAAAACAGUGAAAUGUGGCCCAGAGCCCCAGGUCACAUAUUCACAUGGCUUGUUUUGGCCAAAUUAUGAUCCAAAAGAGAAGAUAUUUAGCUUAGAAACAUAAAUAAAAAAGAAAAGCAGCUAGAACUGGAGAGAGUUUUCUGUAAUUUGACCGUUUGAUAAUGAAAUAACUAAUUGUUGUCUUUGGCCAGAAGCACUGUUAAAUGACUUGUAAAGCAGCACUCCAUUGAUUUAUUAUUGCACUUCCACACAUUUAGAUGUUUUACAAAAUACUGAUUAAAAAAGAAUUCUAUCCAGACUUUAAUGUGGUUUAACCUCCAAAAUGCUGGAUACUGCGUUUCCCAUUAUGCAACUCAGUAGCGUCUUUCAAUUAGAUACUUCCUGCCUGGGCACCACCCAGAUAUUUCAAACUCCAUGCAGGCUUUCUGUUAGAAGUUUGUGGUCUUCACAUCAAAGGAAAGGUGACCCUGAUGACAUCACUUUGACAUCAUCAAGACUUGAUCAAGCUCCCCUCAGAGCCACAGAGGACAUGAUACAGCUGUUUGAUUGGCUGAGUAGCACUCUGAAUGAGUGAACUGAUAUUUCCUUAUAAAACCAGUGGAGUGUCCCUUUACAAACUUAAACAGCCACAUCUCUACAGAGACCAUGUCCCCAUUAGUCUGGAUAAUCCACAAUUUUGUAAUUUGGUGAACUGACCCUUUAACAUGAUUUGGGCUGAAUCUAAACACAACACAUUUGCUUGCUUUUUAGGUUUUUCUUUUUCAGCUUUUGACACAGAGUGUGUAUAUACAGUAUAUACAGAUAAUUGACAUGUAAAUACAAAAUAGAGGAGGAUCAGUUCUGAGUUAGUGUUGAGAUUCAGCCCAGAGUGUCUCAGAGUACCGUACUUCUGAAUACUUACCUUGGCCACACUGAGGAGAGUAAUUUUUCAUUUGUUUUAAAAAAAUCAUCCAUGCGAGUUUUACAACAGGACUAGUUAUUGAUCUAUUGAAAAGGCUUUUGAACAUCCAACCCUUUAACAGCUGAUGGCCGCUCAGCUCUUCCACGCUGACAGACUGUUGUUGCGCGUCUGCUGGGAGUGUAAGCUGAUGUGUUGUGGCGUUGUCAGUUUGUGUCAGACAGCAGACGAGCUGCAGGUUGUUUGUGUCCGACAUGGACUGACUAACUGUGUAAUCUCUCCUGUUAGCCAUACCUUCAUGCCCUUCACUCACAACCACCCCUUUUUUUCUUAUUUUUUUACCCAGCAGGCACUGGGAGCUGAAAGUCUCACUCACUUUUCAGUCCUUUAGUGGGAAUCACAAGCGAAGUUAUACAUUUGACACAUUUAACUUCCAAGUUCAAAUUCUAAAGACAACGUUUUUUAUUUCAUGGAAUUUAUUUAUUUAUUUUUUUUUUUGGAGGCAGCUGUCGGAGGUGACCUCACUUGUGAUCUCCACUUUGAUUGGCUGAAACAUGGAGGAGAGCAGCGGCAGCAGAAAGGGCUCAUAGCGUUUUCAAAGUCUGUAACUCCCACAUGAAAUAUGUCAGAGAAGCUUCACUGAGACGCCCAGUCUGCCUAACACCCAUUCAAUGACCUCCUUGCACACACACACUGACACACACACACACACACACAUUUUUUUUUGUAAAAUAAAUGAAUAAAAUAAUAUAUUCAGAUACAUAUAUAGCAUUUAAGAAAAUGUAUAGAAUCCUUGAAUAGUGGCUCACUAAAUUAGUCACCAAAAAGUUUUUCCUUUUUUUAUUUCUUUGUUUUUUUUUUGUUAUUAAUUGCAGAAAGUACCUAUAUUUUGCGACCUGUUGAAGGUAACAGGUGUGUUUUUUUAAAUAGAGAAGCAGGGUGUCCUGUUUUGAUGCUGCAGUGGUUUUCCCUUUUAAAUGCGAUCAUUACUUUGAUUUAAUUUAUUGAGGUUUUGUUGUUGAAUUGCUGUUUUAAAAUCCAGACAAUUCAAAUGCCACAGGAUAAUCAGUGUUUAUGAAAUGAGAGAUGGUUCUGAUCUGUGGCUACGACGACACGACGACAUUGCCGCUAUGUAUCCCAAUCACAGUCGGAUUUGGGGAUGUAACGAUUUCCCGAUUAUGAGGGGGAAGUGGGUUAAGUCAGAGGUGUCAUCUAGCAUCAUGUGACCUGUGACCAUCACGUCAGAAUGAACAAAGGAAAGCGAGUGUGUCUGUAGCCAAUGAGACGUCUAUGCACUGAGAGAACAGUGGUCCAAAACAAGCAGCCUGAACCCAAAAUGAACCCCCCCCCCCUCAGCUCACACACACAAACAUUACUCCAUUUAAACCCAUUUACAAACACUACCUCUACUUUGUACACACACUUACUCAUGCACACACACAGAGAUUCACACUGAGCUUGAAGUAGCUGAGUGACUCUUGCUUUACACAUUUACAUCAUCGAGAAUGGCCUUUGUUGUUGUUUUUGAAAAUCUGUUGGGGUUUUUUUUUUUCCUUUAGCCAGCUGGAGCAGUAAAGGUACAGCACACAACUGCAGAUUUUCAUUUUAAUGAUCAUAUUGUUGAGACUGCCAAUCUUUGAAUCUUUCUUCAUCAUCAUGCAGCUUGUCAGGUCAGCAGAGGGCCCCACUUGCGCUUCAUUUAGCCGUAGGCCAGCUAGUCGCUGUGGUUCACCACACAGGAUGAUGAAGUUGUGACUAUCAGAGGAAAUGCAUAAAUAUAACUGUGUGAUUGACAACAUGAUACUAUUUAAUCAUACUGCAGCUGUAUCUCUGAUCUUGUGUUCCUGACAUCACUGGUUGGAUUUAAAUGUCAGCAGGUGAUUGAAGUGUGCAGUGGAGCCGCUGUUUAAGGUGAUCUCAGAACAACAGGCUUGAAGUGUGUGUUUUUCUCACUGCCCUCAUGUGGAAGUGGUGAAGGUGUUUCAUUCAACAGCUCCACCUUCAGUCUUUUAAAGGAUAGAAAAAUUUGUUUGCCCCUCAUAGAUGAGACGCUGUCAUUUCUGUCAGUGUAAUAAUUAUACACCUGGAUAAGCGAUGCCACAACAAGAGAAACAUGAACUGUCCAAACAUUCAUGUCUUUGAAUUUAUUUGAGAUGGUACUACUGCAUUAGAUGUGCAGCAAAUUCACAGUUUGGUUUGACCCUGACUAGCCCCUCUUUAAUCCAGGUGUGCUUUCUGUUAUCUGCAGAGAUUUAGAUAAACUGGAACACUGAUCUGCAACCAGAAUACUGACUUUACAUCUAAGUUUAUAAUGGUGAUGUAAAGCUGGCCUGUAAUCCUCAAUCAGGAUGUACUUCAAGGCUUCACACUCCUCCCAAAUCUUUGUGUCUAUGUCCUAAGAGUUGAAAGAAAACGUUAGCUGCUUCAUCAUACGAUCUUUUGAAUACAGAAUGCCAACAAAGGACUUAAUUUGAAAAAAGACAGCUAAGUGUCCCUUUUUUUUUUUUUUAGCCUAGUCUGAGGCCAAAGCUCUUUUGCCUCCCCUACAGAGACAGACAGCUGGCAGCAUGAAUCCUUACUCUAUAUUUUCACCACUAUCACAGGCAUGUGGGGCACCAAGCUCGUCUUGUUCAACAAUCCAUGAAUGUGAAUUGUCUUUAAAAAAAAAAAAAAAAAAAAAAAAGCUUUUUUGCACAUGACAUUAAGUAGACACUGCCACAGAGUGCAUCAAAAAUAAAGCUGAAACUGAAAGUUUGCUGUGCUUUUCAGUAUUGUAACGAGCAUUAUGGUCAUGUGGGAGGGUCGGGUAACGUGGUGAACAGGUCAUCAGUUAACACAUGUUGCCAGUAUGAUCCCUUGCUGUGUGCUUUUUUUUUUCCCUCCCAAGAAGUUCUCUUGGUCUGCAUAUAUUGUAUUUCUCUUCACUCACGCUGACGUGCUCUAUCAGAGACGUCGCUGCAACGGCCCAGUAAUCACUUGACGUGAGUGUGAACGCGUGAAUGCAUUGAAAGUUAGUGUGGCUGUGUGUGUGUGUCUCUUUUGGUGGAGACUGGUGCCAAGCAGUUUUAUUACGGGUCUCUCACAAAGGGAUCACUCGUGCUUUUGUUUGAUUUUCCUCCCUUUCUUCCCUUCUGUUUGAUAAGCACUUUGAACCUUCUCAUGUCUGUCAGAGGAGUGUGUAGCUGUACAUAGCAAUUUCCUGUAACAACAAGUGCUCCUUGUUCAGUCUGAAUAUUUUGUUUUGUCGGAUUUACUUUAAAGAGCAUUACAUUGUUGUAGAAUUAAAGGAAGAAUAAACUAGAUAAACCUA